AUGGCCUCUGGUGAUAACAAACUAUUGGCUCAGCUUAUUCAAAAAUUUGGCCUAACGAACCAUGAGUCCCUUGCACCCAAAGCAACCGAACUGCAGCGACUGUUGGCGAUCCGUUCAUCCAGCGGUGCGAUGAGUAAUCUCGGCGACUACGCAAAGGUUACGCUGUGCAUCGAUAUCGCCUCCAGUUUGCUUGGUUUACCGUUCGACAACGACCUGGCACUGAAACUGUCCGGCAUGAAGAAAACAUCCUACGCCAACGGGCGCCGUACGUUGGAGAAAAUUCUCGACAUCAAUAAAACGCUCGGUAUAGGAGAGAUCUGUGUGCAGGUGGGAAUGAGCCAGGUGCAGAAGGUAGCGACCGCACUGCUGGAGGCGUACAAACGCUAUGCCGGACAGGGUCAGGGUGAGAACGAUUUCUCACAUCCACAGUAUGCGACAAUGGCCGUGUAUCAGGCCUGCAAGCGCGAAAAGGUGAAACCACCGAAGACGAAACUUGUCGCAUUAAGCCAUUUAAAGCCAGCGCAGUGGACUCUGCUGGAGAAAAACUGGGACAAGAUUUUGGCCGCUGUGCCGGUUGGGAAACAAUUGGGGAAAAAUCAAAAUCGAAGCGAAGAAGCCGUUGCAAAGGAAAAGGGGGAAGAAUCGAGCGGUAGCGGUGUUGGACGGAAACACGCUAGCCCCGAAAAACUUGAACCGUAUCAUAACUGGAAGAAACGGAUGCUUGAGAAGGCGUACCGGGAGUUGGAGCAGCUGCGUGGUAGUGGGUAA